AUGUACGUUGUCUUGGACGAAAAUCUUGAUGCCGCUGCCAUUUGCGGCGCUGAGGAAAUCAACGGAGGCAGUGGGUGCCGGCUCUUUUCUCGCUCAAAGUGGCUUGACUCGCCGACAAUCGACGCUGGCAAAUCGAGCGGGGAGCCAUUGCGGCCACACCGCGUCGUUUUAGACUUCAGCCCGCGUCCAGAGGACACAGCUGAGGUGCAGGAGAGGUGUGUCGAGUUCCUGAAGCUCAUCGACCGCACACCCCACUCAUGUGGAGCCCGGGACACGGAGAUUGCCGACGAGAUGACGGAAGAGGCUACUGGCUGCACAUGUCGAAAUAUAGAGAAAAUUAUGUCCAGUGAUAACGUCGAGGAUUUCCCAGCUAUACACGCAGUUAACCAGUUGCAAACUCAAGCGUUGCUGUAUGGCAAGGAAUUCCGCUGCGACUACACAUACUUUCCGGACACUCAGGGAUGGCUGAAGUUGCACCGCGUACCGUCCAAUUGGUUCGAAGCCCGACUAAGAUGCCAUCUCGAAGGGGGUAACCUCGCCUCUCCCCUGAACAUCAGCCUACGGACCGCUAUGAAAAUUCUGAUCAACGAAGCCACAGGGGACAUGACGCCUGGCGUCUUCACUGGCAUCAACGCGUUCUUCUCAAAGGGAGACUUCCAUUCAAUCGAAGGUGUCCCACUGUGGAAGAUACCACAUGUAUGGGCCAGUGGUGAACCUGACAACUUCAAUGACCAGGAAAGCUGCAUAGCACUGCUGCCAGACGGUAGCGUAUCAGACGUUGACUGCCAUGAUCCUUUGCCCUACAUCUGCUAUAAGGAAAACACUAAGACGAUGGUCAUGUCCAACUGUGGUACCACCGAUAGCGAGUACGUGUUCGAUUCUGGUACGGGAAGUUGCUACAAGUUCCACACGGUGCCUCGCACGUGGUCGCGCGCGUUCAUGGCGUGCACCGCUGAGGGUGGCCACCUGGUCAUAAUAAACAGCGAGCAGGAGGCGAAAGUUGUGAGGAGUAUCUUCGCGAAGCACCCCGCCGGCAGCAUGGUUGGCAACUUCUGGCAGGACGUCGCGUUCGUCGGCUUCCAUGAUUGGAACGAGCACGGCGAGUGGCUGACCGUCCACGGCGAAACGCUUUCGGAGGCCGGCUACGCCAAGUUCUCCGGCGGCGAGCCGAACAACUCCACCACCGGCGAGUUCUGCGGCGCCGUGUACCGAACGGCGCUCUUCGACGACCUCUGGUGCGAGAAAGAGUACGCUUUCAUCUGCGAGAAGAGCCCCGACAGCCUGCUGUGCGACUCG